CUUUGCAUGCAUAUAUGUAGCACCAUCCACACUUCCAAUUAACGUCGCAACACACCAAACACUAAGAAAGAAUAUGCAAACACAUAACGGAAAUUACCAAUCUAUCCUCGUGCUCAUCUUGUUUGUGUCGUCGUUCUCGGCGACGGCGCAAGAUCUGCUCCGUUCAUCGUGCAGCCACGCAAGGUACCCCGCGCUCUGCAUCAAAACCCUAUCUCCAUACGCCACUGGUUCCGCCACCCCCAUGGAUCUGGCUCAAGCCGCUGUUAGGGUUAGCCUGGCUCGCUCUCGCUCACUCUCCACAUAUGUUACCACUCUUCAGUCUCAGAUGCAGCAACAGGCGCCGCCUUCCACCGACCGAGCCGCUCUCAAGGACUGCGUGCUUCAGAUCGCCGACUCCGUGGAUGAGUUGACUCGGACGCUGACCGAGUUGAAGAACAUGCGGGUGGGAACGGCGUCGUUCCAGUGGCACCUGAGUAACGCGCGGACAUGGACUAGCACCUCCUUGACCAACUGUUACUCUUGCAUCAGCGGAUUUGGCGGCCGCGACGGCAAGGUUGGGUUGGACGUGAAGCAGAGAGUGAACAGCGUAGGAAUGCUCACCAGCAACGCGCUUUACCUCAUCACCCGAAUCGGUGGUGAUGAUAAUGGCGUUGGUGGAGGAAACUGAUGAUCAUCAACAUUUCUUUUUUCGCAUGCAUGCAUGUACAAUCCUUGUGACCAUUAGCUACUGCGAUUGAUUAGUGCGUAAAAGUUUUUCUACUAAUCAAGGUCUAAGCUUUUUUUUUUUUUCUUAUUCCCGUUAAUUAUACUUUGUAAUGAUGGUUUUUCCUAUAUAAUAUAGUGUAAAUUUACUUCCGUAUU